AUGACCAAAAAGCCAUUAAAAUUUGUUGUGGUUGGUGAUGGUGGUUGCGGAAAAACAAGUUUAAUAAUGGUUCAAGCUGGCGGAGAAUUUACAGACAACUAUAUCCCGACUGCAUUUGACGAUUAUGCGAUUGAGGCCCUUAUUAAUGGCAAAACGAAAGUAAUAACAGUUUGUGAUACAGCCGGUGAAGACGAUUAUAAUUCGCUACGUCCUUUAAGUUAUCCGGAUGCAGAUGUCUUUAUCGUUUGCUAUUCAGUCGAAAGACCUGGAUCUAUUAAAAGUAUCAGAGAGAAAUGGCUGCCUGAGAUUAAGAAAUUUUGUCCAGAAGUACCGAUUUUAAUAAUCGGAAACAAGAAAGAUAUUCGCUGUGAGCGUAAGGCACUCACUACAUCGUCACAUGAUAAGAUAAAAGACUCCAAUUUCAACGGAUUAGUGGAUAUUGACGAAGCUAGCGCAUUAGCUUGCGAAUUUACUCCUCAUAAAGUUAUCGAAUGUUCAGCAAAAACCAAAGAGGGUGUGCGACAAGUUUUUGACACAGCUAUUCGUGUUGCAUCAUCACAUCGUUCCAAGAAAAAUAAUCGGGUACUGAGUUCAAUAAUGAAGCUAAAAUUGGUUUUUUAA